AUGGCCCUGGAUGAUGAGACCUUUGCAAAGUACAAAAGUCAGAUUCUUCCGAAGGGUGCCGACAGCGUGGCCCUAGAAGCCUUCUUGAAGUUUCACCAGGCAGUCUGGGACAAUCAGCCGCCUUCGGUGCGCCGCUUUGCUGGCUGCCCAGAGGCGGGUGGAGACAGCACUGGGUCGCUUCACGUUGGCCUCUCGCCUCUGUCCAAAUCCAAGCAGGGCUCAAUGCGAAAGCUCCCGAGCUUGAAGCUGCCAGGGCCAAGCCAAGGCCUUUACAAGGAGGCCUUGGAGAACGAGGACGCCCUCAGAGCAGCCUUCUACAGGUACACGAACGGACAACUCUACCUGAGCCGCAGUCAGAUGCCAUCCGUUCUGAAGGACCUGGGCAUCACGCUCCCUUCAGCUCAGUCUACACAGUUGGACAAAGAUUUCUUCUCCACGUUCUGUGAUCAUGAGUUUGACAGUGCCGACGAAAACAAAGACGGGAAGGUAUCUUUCCAGGAGUGCGUGGCCUACCAAAACCGGUAUCUCUCCAUGAUGCAGGCCACCUCCCUGGGCAUCAUCAAGUCUUUCAGGACUUCGGUGGUCAACAAUACGACCCCGACAUCCGGAGGGCAUCGGUGA